AUGGCCGCCGCCGGUGUGGUCGCCGAGCCCAAGACCAAGUACGAUCGCCAGCUCAGGAUAUGGGGUGAUCAAGGUCAGGCUGCACUGGAGAAGGCUAGCAUAUGCUUGCUUAACUGUGGUCCUACUGGAACAGAAGCGUUGAAGAACCUCGUGCUUGGAGGAAUAGGAAGUGUGACUGUUGUUGAUGGCUCCAAAGUUGAAGCAUCUGAUCUGGGGAACAAUUUUCUGUUGGAUGAAGGAUGUUUGGGGCAACCAAGAGCUAAAUCUAUAUGUUCUUUCCUACAAGAGCUUAAUGACGCUGUUAAAGCCAAGUUUGUUGAGGAGUUUCCAGCUCAUUUGAUAGACACUAAUCCAUCGUUCUUUUCCCAGUUUACUGUUGUCAUUGCUACUCAGCUUCCAGAGAGUUCUUUACUGAAGCUAGAUGAUAUCUGCAGGAAAGCAGACAUCGUUUUGGUUGCUGCACGUUCAUAUGGUCUAACCGGUUUGGUCAGGGUUAGCGUCAAGGAGCACUGUGUCAUAGAAUCAAAACCAGACCACUUCUUGGAUGAUUUGCGACUUCACAAUCCAUGGACUGAACUAAAGCAAUUUGCAAAAUCAAUUGACAUAAAUGAUAAAGAUCCCGUUGUCCACAAACAUACUCCAUACAUUGUUAUUCUUGUGAGACUUGCAGAAAAAUGGGCAGAUGCACAUGAUGGUAACAUGCCUGCAACUAGGCAAGAGAAAAAGGAAUUUAAGGACCUAAUUCGAGCCCAUAUGCUUAAUGUAGAUGAGGAAAAUUACAAAGAAGCUGUGGACUCUUCAUAUAAAGUCUCAGUCACUCCAGGAAUCAGUAAUGAAAUCCAUCAGAUAAUUGAUGAUGACUCUGCGGAAGUCAAUUCAUCAUCGUCAGAUUUCUGGAUUUUAGUGGCUGCUUUAAAGGAGUUUAUUGCAAAGGAGGGCAAUGGUGAGCUACCUCUGGAGGGAACAAUUCCUGAUAUGACUUCUCUUACUGAGUAUUAUGUAAGCCUACAAAAGAUUUACCAAGCUAAGGCAGAAUUUGACUGUCUUGCCCUGGAGCAUCAUGUAAAGGAAAUCUUGAAACGGAUUGGUAGAGAUCCGGAUUCUAUUUCAAGAGCAUAUAUCAAAACAUUUUGUAAAAAUUCUAGGAAACUAAGGAUUUGUAGAUAUCGUAGUUUUGAGGAGGAAUUUAGCUCUCCAAUUGUCUCUGAGAUUCAGAGGUAUUUCACUGAUGAAGACUACAGUUACGCAAUGAACUUCUACAUUCUGCUACGGUCUGUUGAUCGCUUGGCUGCCAAUUAUAGCAGAUUGCCUGGAAUCUUCGACAGUGAGAUUGAUGAGGAUAUCCCUAGGCUGAAGACAGUUGCGGUUUCAGUGCUAAGUGAGAUGGGUUUGAACGGAGCAUCCUUAUCCGAAGACCUGAUAACCGAAAUGUGCCGGUUCGGGGGUGCGGAGAUCCAUCCAGUGGCUGCUUUUGUCGGUGGAGUUGCUUCCCAAGAAGUAAUUAAGCUGGUCACCAAGCAGUUUGAGCCGUUGCGGGGAACAUUCAUAUUUAAUGGAAUCGACCUCAAAUCUCAAGUUUUGAUGCUAUAA